AUGGCGGGGUUAUUCAAGCGAGUGUACGACUGGCUGUUACGGACCUUCUGGGCCACCGAAAUGGACGUCACCAUGAUCGGUCUGCAGAAUGCGGGCAAAACAUCUCUGCUUCGGGUGCUGUCGGGCGGAGAGUUUGCCAUAGACUCGAUACCGACAGUGGGCUUCAACAUGAAGCGGUUGCAACGGGGGCAUGUGACGCUCAAGUGCUGGGACUUGGGUGGGCAACCCCGCUUCCGUCCAAUGUGGGAGCGAUAUUGCCGGAAUGUCAACGCUAUCGUGUUCAUUGUCGAUAUUGCCGACGUGGAUGUGCUUCCCAUGGCCCGCGAAGAGCUACACUCAUUAAUGAGCCAGCCAAGCCUGGAUGGCAUUCCAUUGCUUGUUCUCGGAAACAAGUCGGAUCUUCCAAACAAGCUCACCGUGGAUGAGCUCAUUGACGCCAUGGAUCUCAAGAACAUUGCGCAUCGAGAGGUGUCGUGCUAUGGCAUCUCGGCAAAGGAGGAAACCAAUCUGGAGGCGGUUCUCCAGUGGCUGAUGAAGUUUGCCAACAGGUGA